UGGCGUGUAUGUAGGGUAUUUUAUUAUUAGUCUAUCUUUCCUUGAACCUUGGUUCUUAUUAACAUCUAGAUUAUAUAUAAAUAAUAUAAUAAUAAAGGAAACUGCCCCAGCCCUACAGGGCGACAUGCCGUUGUUUAAACUUCUCAAAAGAGCUGCUGCAGUAUUUGUUGGCGGUUUGGCUAAACAGCCUGACUGGAGCCACCUGCCGUUCGUGGUCCUGGUGAAAGUCUUCCUUUAUCUGAACAACAGCGACAAGUACCACGCCGCCCUAACUUGCAAGUCAUGGCUCAGUCCACUAUCAUUGCCAUCCGUGUGGCAGUCCGGAGAUUUUGUUUUUGAUACAAGCAGUGACCACAAGGCGAUCAGGUUUGUGAAAAUGACUGGAAAAACGUUACGUCACAUUCGUGCAGAAUGUAGAGCAGGCGAUUUCGAUUUUUGGGGAAAGAGAAGCACCGCAUCCAGUACCUCGAAGGUGUACCAAUUUCUAGCCAACUUAUUGAAUUCAAGAAACAAUCAAAUUUUGACAUUCAAGCUAAUCAAUCUAUACAGUUUAGAAAUUGAUGGUCAAUCAAGAUCAUUUUCAGAGGUCGCUCAACUCUUGACCAAAGUUUUGGAAGAACAACAACAGCUUCGUGUACUUGACCUCAGCAAUAGCCAAAAGUCUGUCGAAAACUGUCUCAAUGAUUAUCUUACCGUUAAGCAAGGUAUGAAACUGUUGACUGCUGCUGGUAAAAACUGCGCCAACACGCUUAAGAUACUUAUGAUCGCCAGGCUGGUUAUCAUUAUUAUCAAAGAUGAAUUGGGUCUUCUUCCACAAUUUCGAAGCGCCAUCUCUGGUUUCAGCAAAUUGUCAUACCUGGACAUUAGCUACGGCUAUUUAAAUGAUGACCUGUUGCUAAGCUUAGCCACGACAAGUAGCCUGAAGGUGAUCACAAUUCGAUCAGAAAAAAUCCCAAAGUUAGAAAGUGGAACAACUCCUUCAGCAUGGGAGAAGCUUACAGCGGCAUGUCCGGAGCUCAGAACCCUGUUUUUCAUCAAACCCAAAUAUGAGUCCUACUUCCAAGACGCGACAACAAUUCUCACACCAUCCAUGCCGCUCUAUCUAGUCCAGUGGAGAGCUGGCAGUGUCAUCGCUAUAGAGAACAUAGAAAAGUUCUUUCAAUAUGUGGCACAGAACUUUCAGCAAACUUUACACCAUCUAGAGUUUCAAACUGGUGUCCGCCUAGACAUGAAACGCUUUAAAGUUUUGUUCAAAAGUUUACAGCCGUGCACAAAUCUGGACACCUUGUCGCUAGGCUUGACCUUUGAUGUGAGUGAUAACGUAGAGAUGUACAUGCUGGCCAUCAGAGCUGCCAUGAGGCGAUGUCUAUCGUCAUGUGACCUCACACUGAACGUUCAAAAUGAAUAAAACUGGUCAGUCUGACACGGCUGGUGAGUUCAGGAGAGUUCACCAUGUUGGACCGGUUCGCGAAUGU